AUGGAACCUCAUCUGGUGGCGAGUGAUAAAUCAGGAUCACAUGAACCGCCUCUUCCUCUUCCUGGAAUUCCUUCAAUUCCGUUCUCUCGUGAGACCACACCGGAACGUUCGUUUAUGGCUGAGCCAUCGAACCAAACUGUGUCGGUACGGGUGUCCCAACGAAAUAACCAGCGAAACAGGCAGAUCACCGGAGGACAAGGUUUUGAUAACAUCAUACUUGUACAAGAAUAUUCUUUUGAUCACUUUGUCUUCGAGGUAGUGCUUGCGGAGCGUCGUGUGCGAGCACUAAUGGAUUCUAUCCAACCGGUCUCUACAUCGGAAUUGCGAAGUACAAUAGCCACACCAAGAACCGCCAGCCGAUCAGAAAACCCUGCUGGUGUCAUAGGAUCCCCAGUGAAAGGUAAAGGUGGUGCAUCGUCGUCACGUCAUCAGACCCCGAACAAGACUUGGAAAUGGCAAUAG